AUGAGAUUGCUGUUCUACGCUGCCAUAAGAACUUGGAUACUGCAAACAUCAUACCACAACUCGAACGAAUCGGCACAGCAUACUUCGAUAAAGGCUGCCCGCGAACCUUGCAAAUCGGUGACUGGGUCGGUGGGAGGUCGGGAGUUGUGGUCGCUCAUAGAUAACGGUCGCAUGCUGAAACUUGCCGAUAUUAGUAGCUCUAUUGUGGUUGGGUGCUCCAGAAGAACUUAUACUCAAAGCCAUCAUGAGCUGAGCACGUGCGAGUUGAGUGAAAACGAUGUGUCGACUGUUGAGGAUGAAGUUGUUCAGCUGGCCACUUCGGGUGCGUCCAAAGCUAUUGUCCAAACUGAAUAUGUCGCAGAAGUGAUAUAG